AUGAAAAAAGCAAAUCGACCAUAUUCACUUAUAAAUAUAUUCGAAAAUUUACAUGGAAAAGUUAAAAAAGCCCAACUUUAAUAAUAAUUAAAUUUUUUAGUUAAUAAAGAAUUAAUUACAGUCAAAGAAUUUGGAAAGUCAUCUAUUUAUUUAAUUAACUAAGAAUUAUUAGAAAAAGUUGAUAAGAAAUAAUUAGAAAAAAUGUAAAAUGAAUUAAAUGAAAAUAGAAUUAUUCAUAGAGAUUUGAAUGAAGAAAUCAAAUAAAUAAAUAAAAAUAUUACAAACUAUAAUAAAUAACUAACAAAUGAUGAAAUCGAUUAAGAAAUUUUAAUGUUUUAAGAAAAAAUUAAAUAAAUUGACUUGAAAAUAUAAUUUUAUUAAAGUGAAAAAUUUGUUUAAAUACCUGAAAAGGAAGUUUAAAUUUUCGAAGAAUAAAUAUAGACAAUCGAAAAAGAAUAUAGAAAAAGAAAAGGAAUGUGUAAAGAAGCUAUUAAUAUUAUUUCAGAGUCAAUGGACAUGAAAAAUAAUAAUUAAUUUAAUUAAUUGGAAUUGAAGAGGAAAACUGAAACUGAAAAUAAGUCUAAAAAAGAAAGAAAAAAAUUUGUAUAUAAAAUAAUAUUUAAAAUAGAUAAUUAUAAAAAAAAAAAUUAAAUUUUUAAAUUAUAUGUUUUAAUAUUUAAUAAUUUUUCUUAUGUAAGAUAUAUUUUAUAUAUAAAAAAUUAAAUAUAAAAAUUACUUCAAAUAAUUUGCGUAAUAUAAUAUUUUUUUUGGUAAAAUUAAAGAAAAAAAUUAUAAUUAUAAUUUAAUGUUUUUAAAGAUUACAUAUAUAUAAAAAAAAAAAUAUAUAUAUAUAUAUAUAUAUAUAUAUAUAUAUAUAUAUUAUUAUAUAUAUAUAUAUUUUUAUAAUGCUUUAUUAUUAGAACUAUUUUUUAUUUAAUUUAUAGUACAUAUUAAUUAUUUCUUUUUUUUAUUGAAAUAUAAUAUUUGCUAAUGAAAACAUUUUCUUAUAAUUUUAAUUUAAUUUAAAAUUAUUAGUUUUUAAAACAUUUUAAUUUUUAUCUUUAAAAUAUAUUUUUUUAAAAAAGUUGA